AUGAGUCAAUUUAGUGAAUCUUUGAAUAUUCUUUUUUUAAGCUUUUAAAAUACUUUAGAACAUAAUUUAUACUUCUUACACAAAGCGUUAUAAGAGACACAAUACCAGCUCAUAGUAGAAAUUCAAGGAGAUGCGAUUAAUAAAAACUAUGACACAAUUAUUAGCUAUUUAUUAAUAUUUUACAAUUAUAUAAACUACAUUAAAAGAAAUGAUCCCAUGUUUGAGGCAACCAUUACACUUCCAAAUAUUUUAAAUUAUGAAUCAAAAUUACAUUUAAUUGAAUAUGAAGUGAAGUUUGUUGGAGAAUUUUUCAAUCUAAAAGAAGACCAAAAAUAAGUUGUAAUAAAAUUCAAUCAUGAAGACUCAGAAGUUCUUUAAGAAAUAAACAGAUAUUUAAAAGAAGAUGUCUUUGAAUAAGUAGAAAUAGUUAACGGAAAAAAGCAAGGAAAAUAUUAAGGUGUUUCAAUUUAAAGCCUGAGAAGAGUAAUAUUAGGUGGAACAUUUGAUCAUCUGCAUAAUGGACAUAAAAUUAUGCUAAGUGCUGCUCUCCUUCUUGCCAUUCCAUUAGAUACUGAUAUUGUUUUAGGUUUAACAGGACUUGAAUUAUUAAAAAAUAAAAAGAAUAAAGAAUUAUUGUAAUCAUUUGAUUACAGAAGACACAGAAUUAUUUAGUUUUAGCAACUUUUUGCUCCCUAAACUAAGUUCUAUAUAUUUGAAUUAAUGGAACCUAUGGGCCCUUUAAGAGACAAAGAAUUUGAUGGAGUUGUUAUCAGUCACGAAACUUUGUAAAGUUCAAUUGGAAUAAAUAAAUUUAGAAAAGAAAAUGGUCUUUCUGAAUUACCUUUGUACAUAGUAGAUAUUAUUAGCUAAAAUAAAUCUUAGUGUGGGAACGAUUUUUCAGAAAAAGCAAGCUCAACUACAGUUAGAAAUUACUUGCUUGAAAAAAAUGCUCUAACACCUGAACAAUUUGGGUACUUAUAUUAAAAGUGGAGAAGCAUUUUUGUUGAUUAUGAUUCCCAAAAAGAAGUGUUAAAUAAAUGGUUUGACUGCAUUAAACUCAAAUAUAGUGAAAAUUAUAGAUAUUAUCACACGCUUUCUCAUAUUUAUUGCAUGCUUCAGCUUUCAGAACAGAUAAAAUUUCACCACAGUGCUAAUGUACAGCUUGCAAUAUGGUUUCACGAUGUUAUCUAUAAUCCUAAAGCUCAUGAUAAUGAAAAGAGAAGUGCUCAAUAUUACAUGUUGUUCGACAGAGAAUUAAAAUAGAAUAAUAUUUUAGUUGGAAAUUCUGAAAUAAUCGAAGCAUAUAUUCUUUAAACUGAAAAACAUUUAAGUGAUCAAAUUCCAGAUUAAAUACUUAAAGAAUAAAGCUUUAAAUAAGAUUUAGAAUAAUUCUUAGAUUUAGAUUUAUGCAUUUUAGGUUUAUCACCAGAUGUAUAUGACAAGUAUAGCUAGGAUAUCAUUAGGGAAUAUUCACACUAUUCAAAUGAAUAAAUUAAAAAUGGAAGAAUUUAAAUUUUAGAAAAGUUUCUCAAUCAAAACUUAUUUAAAACUGAAUAAUGUCAACAAAGAUAUGCUGAAUAAGCCAAAUCUAAUAUAAAAAGAGAAAUAUAAAAUUUAUAAAAACUUUGA